AUGUCUCCAUUCGUUGGGCUUGCGGCCUCAACCGCGAGGACACAUCACAUCUUCAGGCAAACCUUCCGUGCGCGAGGAUUAGCUCACCUUGCUUGGAGGAAACAUCUCGCCGGCUCAGAGAGCCCAACAUUCCCUGUGUCACUGAGGCCUUUCCAGUUUGACCUUCCCCAUGCCCUGCAUCAUCCGCCAGUUGUAAAAGCCGAUCUAAAGAAGACCGGAUCGCAGUUUAAGAAUCGCCUGCUGGCGGCCGUGGACAAACACGGCGCUGUUUUAAUCCGGGGCCUUCCGCUCAAAACCGGCGAGGAGUUCGCUCAGUUUUACUCCGGUUUUGAUUUGAAGAGUAUGGAGUAUGUUGGCGGGGUUUCAAAAGGCAGGGAUCCAGUGAAAGGAGACGUAUUCUUAUCGAGCCGGGAUCCACCGAACUUUACCAUCGAACCGCACCAGGAGAUGUCAUACAACGAGUCCUACCCAGACCUGUUCUUUCUGUUCUGUGUGGUGCCGCCUGGUCCCGGAUGUGGUGGUGAAUCUGGCGUGACAGAUGCCCGUGAGGUGGCGCGUAAACUUGACCCAGAAGUAGUUGAGAAGUUCAGACGUCUCGGUGUGAAAUAUCGCCAAUAUCUUCCGGAUAGAGCUAAGGCGCACUACGUUGAUUGGCAAGGGAAUCUAAGAACAGAGUCUAAGGCAGAGGCUGAGGACAUCCUGAAGAAGGCUAACCAUGAUUUUGAAUGGGACGAAGAGGGAGCUCUAGCUUAUACGACAAAAUGUCUGCCAGCUUUUAGAAAACACCCUCGAACAGGUGAGAUGAUAUGGUUCAAUCAAGUUUUCGUCUUGAAUCCAGUGGCAUUCCGGGUUCACCCGGACUAUCAGGGAUCCGACCUCCCGGACGAGAAGUUCCCAAUCCAGUCAUUCUACGGAGACGGUUCCCCGAUUGAACUCGAUGUUCUGCAGCACAUUCGUGAGGUGACUUGGAAGUGUACCGUUGGCGAGCAGCUGAGGGUAGGGGAACUGUUGGUCUUGGACAAUAUGACCAUGAUGCACUCAAGGCUUGGCUUUACUGGGCCGAGGAAGUUUGUCGUAAGCCAAGCGCUCCUGCCAUAGUUGGUUGG